UUAGUGUGGUCGUUUUUAAUAUAACAAAGUCGUAGUUUGUUGAUGCGUUCUGUAAAUAAGUCCCGCGCAAUUAAUAAAUGCAUCAAAGUCGGAAUCGAAGAAAGCCCUCAUCAGACGAUGAUAGUAAUAUGUCGGCCCCCAGGAAGAAAAGAGCUAGACGCGAUCAAGAUUCGGAGACAUUGUGCGAUGAACCUUCGACUUCACAACAUUUGUCUACCACAAGUCAGAGGAAUGCCUCAUCUUUUUUGCAUGAACCCACACUUCCAAGUGGGGGAUUUGAUCGAUGCGGAAAAGUUAUAUCUAUGCGUCUAACCAACUUUAUGUGCCACUCUAAUUUCUUCCUGAGUUUUGGGCCUAACAUUAACUUCUUGGUGGGUAGCAAUGGCAGCGGCAAAAGCGCAGUUAUUACAGCGCUGGCAUUGGGUCUAACCAGCAACGCUCGGGCCACGAAUCGCGCCAGUACCAUACAAAAAUUGAUUAGGAACGGAGAAACUAGUGCCAGCAUUGAGAUAACCUUGUCCAAUAUAGGUAGCUGUCGGUUCAAACCGGACAUUUAUGGUCCACAUAUCACUGUGGUUCGCCACAUUCGCCAGUCCUCGUCUACAUAUGAUAUGAAGGAUGCACACGGCAAGAGUGUCUCCAAGAAAUUGGACGAAAUUCGCAGGAUGCUUCUUCGGUUUGGCAUUUAUGCGGAGAAUCCAAUUUUCCUUCUCAAUCAGGAUGCUGCACGAGAAUUUCUGAAAACGCUUGAGCCAUCUUCGAACUACAAACUAGUUAUGAAGGCCACACAACUGGACAACUGUGCCCUAAGUUUAGCCGAAUGUCAUAAGCAGCGAUGUACUUUCAAUAAGGAGCUUGAAAAUGAAGAACUGAAACGAAAUCAUUUGAAAGCCCAGUUGGAAGUGGAAGAGGAUAAACUUACUGCAUUACAAAACAAAGAAAAUUUUAAGAUUAAGUUGACAGAGGCUAAAGCAAAGUUAGCUUGGAAAUCAGUUACACGGUUUCAGGAGGAGUUAGCGAAAUUUGAGAAAUCUUUGUCGCUAAUUCAAGCAAAAAAAGCAGCUCUAGAAAAAAAUACUUCAAAUAAAGAAAGCACUCAAACUGCUUUCUCCCAGCAACUCAGCGAGUUCGAGGCAACCAAGAGACGUAUAAUGGAAGCUUAUAAGGCCCAGGAGGCUAAAGUCAGGGCAUCUAAGUUAAUAGUUGAGGAGAAGGCUCUAGAGGCUAUGAGACUCAAGGACCAAAUAAAGAAUUCGGAGAGACGGAUUAAAGAAGAGGAACAUUCUCUUGAAGCGUGCAAAAAGUACGUGGAAAAUUAUCAUGCCGACUACACCAAAGUAAACCAACUAAAGGAAGAUCAUGCCAACACGUUGGCGAUCCUUAAAACAGAAAUGGCAAAAAAUGAGGAAUUACUUACCAAAGUACGGGACGAGCAAUUGCAAAUGAAGGAACAAAUUGCUGCCCUAAAAGAGCACACGGAGGAGCUGAGAAAUGAACAUAACAAAUUGCAAGGAAACAAACAGAACUUUCAAUUGGAAAUUAAAUCCUUGACAAGAAACCAAGCCAAUAAACUGUCAGUCUACGGCGAACAAGCAAUGCAUGUGGUCAAUAAACUACGUGUUCAGUAUACCGGCUCAAAUAAAUUUUAUAUGCCACGAGGUCCCGUUGGCCAAUAUAUCACUGUUCCGAAUCCCAAGUACCGGGAGCUGGUUGAAAAUGAACUACGGUCAUGUCUUAAUGGAUAUAUCGUUAACUCAGACAAAGAUCUUCAAUCAUUAAGAGUCCUGUUGCAUCAGAUAUAUCCUGGAGGCAAUAUUCCCCCCAUUUAUAAAACUCCAUUUGGUGAUCGGGCCUACAAUAUAUCUAAACAUAAAGUGCGUACAACGACACCAAAUACCACAGUAUUAAUAGAUGAAAUCUGCUGCGAAGAUCCAGUCGUAAUGAACUACCUUAUUGAUAUGUUUCGGAUUGAGACUGUUCUGGUAACAGAGUCCAAAGAAAUUGCUGAAUUCUUGACAUCGGAGUCGGAGAAUGUUCCACCCAAUUUAAGUCGAGUCGUCGUACCAAACCUUGGACUCGAAUAUACUCCAUCGCCGAACUAUGGCGUCUACUCCAAACGUAGUAGACCAGCGCGGUAUAUUCAAGUGGAUGUUCAUGAACGCAUCACACAGCUGCAGAAUGAACUGUAUAGUCUGCAAGAACGCGAGGGUCCGCUGGAGUUCAACUUUGGACAAGCCAGGCAGAGAUUGGAGAGCGCUAUCAGCGAGAUCCAGACAAAAAAGUCAAUAAUAGAGCGAUAUUAUAAAGAAAACGAGAAAGCCAUGCAGAAAAUUAUAGCCAUUGAAAACUAUGAGUAUCAGGAGCUACCAGAAUAUGAUCGCCUAAAGACUAGUUUAGCCGACUCCACUGAAAAAAUCAAAAGCGUACAGAAGGAACGUGAAGAGCUGGAAAAAAAAUUGUUGGAAGUCCAGAAGAAAAUAACUAUAGCCGGGACAUCACAAUCUGAUGAGGCUAAAUUACUAACUCAGAUAACUAACCAGGUUAAUGCAGUGGAGGAAGAAUCGAGCAAUCUGGAAUCAAAAAUACGUAGUAUCGAUCUUCAUUAUGAAGAGAAUACACGUAAUUUAAAGAAAACACUCGAAUUGGAGCGAGAGUUUAUCAGUAAGAAGAAAGCCAUGGAAAGCGAUUUAGCUAAGGCAAGAGAAGAGGCUGAGAAAUUGGGAGAUUUUGUCAGUACAAAUCAAACGGAAGAACAAAUACGGGAUCAAAUCGGAAGCUAUAAAUCUAAAAUAAAACAAUUGGAAAAGUCUACAUACAGUAUUGAUCAGGUGGAACACGAUGUGGCCGAGCUGCGCACCAAAUUGAACAUUCAGGAAAAGGAAUUUCGUAUUAUUGAAUCUGUUGUUAAAAAACUACGUAUGGCUUAUCACGAGCGAGCUCAAUUAUUUCAAAAGUCUCGUCAUCAUUAUUUUACUAUGGUCCAGUUUCAGUUUGAGGUUGCACUUGGUUUGCGCAACUUCCGGGUAAGUUUCAAUAGCAAUUAUAGAGAGAAGAUAUGGGAGAUAAAUGUGUAUCCACCGAGCGGCAAUGAAACCUCAAAUACUAGAAGCCUUUCGGGAGGAGAGCGGUCUUUCACAACCGUUUCGUUGUUAAAGGGUCUUUGGAGCACAUCGGAGCAUCCAUUUUACUUUCUGGAUGAAUAUGAUGUUUUCACUGAUGAAGUCAAUCGAAAAUUUAUCACACAAAUUCUCAUUAAUGAAGGUAUGGAUCAUAAAAGGCGUCAGUAUUGCUUUUUGACCCCCCAAGAUACCGAAGUGGAAGCAAGCAACUUCAUUAAGGUCCACAAAUUGGAACCUCCAGAGCGUUAAACUAUUUCAAGGACCCUUUUUUUGCGGUUAGUAAUGUAAUGUAAAUAUUCUCUGUUACAUCUCGGCAACUUUAUAAAUAAAACCCAGCUGUUAAA